AUGAAAAUCUUUGGGAAUGUUCAACUGAGCAUUCUCCUUACUGAUGCCAUUAGACAUGUCCUAACUUAUGCUAAGUUCCUUAUGAAACUAUGCACACCACAUAGAAAAAUUAGAAAGAUUCAAUUAUCUGAAAAUGCAAGUGCCAUAAUUCAAAUAGAUCUUCCUAGGAAAAUGAAAGAUCCUGGCACACCACUCAUUACUUGCAAAAUAGGAGGUAUCUCAUUUCAAAAUGCAUUACUAGACUUAGGAGCAAGUGUGAGUCUUAUGCUAGCUGCCCUUUAUGAGCAGUUUCAAUUAGGGGAAUUAAAACCCACAACAGUGAUCUUACAAUUAGUAGACAGAUCAGCCAAAACACCUAGAAGAUUAGUAGAAGAUGUGAUUGUAAAAAUUAAAGGAUGUAGAUAUGCCAUCAUCAAGUGAAAUUUGUUGUAUGCCAAUUAUUUUAGGAUGCCUCUUUCUAGCGACAGCCAAGGCAAAUAUUAAUUGGGCAGAUGGAGUAGUUGAUUUUUCUGUGGGAAGUAGAACGAUAUUGAUUGAUAUAUUUAAGGCUGUAAAAUGUUUUGAUUCAGAAGUUGAUGCAGAAUGUAAUAUUUUAGAUAUUAUCAAUGAAUGCAUAUGUCAAAAUGAGAGAGAUAUUAGCCAAAUGAUUGACACACCUAGCAUAUUAGGAUCCUUACCCACCACAAACCCACAACAUGAUGGAAAUAUUGCUGAAGUAGUUCCAUCUUCAUUGUAUACACAUAAUAUAGAGCUUAAACUAUUACUAGAAUCUUUGAAAUAUACAUAUUUAGGAGAAAAUGAUACCUUAUCUAUUAUCAUAGCUUUUGAUUUGACUAAGAAAUAGGAACAACAAGUUAUUGAAGUAUUGAAAGAAUAUAGAGAGGAAAUAGGAUGGAUCAUGACAAAUUUCAAAGGUAUAGAUCUGAAUAUUUGCAUGCACCACAUUUAUGUAGAAGAAAAUUCUAGGCCAAGUCAAGGGAUGCAAAGGCGAUUGAACCCCAAUAUGCAAGAAGUUAUGAAGAAGGAAAUAAUUAAGUGGUUAGAUUCAGAUAUUACCUAUGCGAUUUUUGAUAGCCAAUGGGUUAGUCCUACAUAGGUGGUGCCUAAAAAGACUAGUCUUACUAUUGUACAAAAUGAAAAAGGGGAGAAAUUGCAGACUAGACUACCUACAACAUGGAGAGUAUGCAUAGAUUAUCGAAAGCUAAAUACAAUCACUAAAAAGGAUCAUUUCUCCCUUUCUUUUAUUGACCAAAUUCUAGAAGAAUUGGUAGGAAAAAAAUAUUUUUGCUUCCUAUAUGAGUAUUUAGGAUAUAACCAGAUAGCUAUAUACCUUGAGGAUUAGGAGAAGACAACCUUCACCUGCCCUUUUGAGACAUUUGCAUUUAGAUUAAUGCCCUUUGGCUUGUGUAAUGCCCCUGUCACUUUCCAGCGGUGUAUGAUGGUCAUAUUUUUUGAUAUGAUAGGAGAAUACUUAGAAGUCUUUAUGGAUGAUUUUCAAUAUUUGGUUCAUCUUUUGAUCAAUGUUUUACGAAUUUUAAAAAAAGUGCUUGCUAGAUGCGUUGAAAAAAGACUAAUACUAAGUUGAGAGAAGAGUUAUUUUAUGGUUGAGGGAGUAGUGUUGGGCCAUAUUGUUAGUGAGAGAGAAUUAAAGGUAGAUAAAGCAAAAGUAGAUAUCAUAGACAAAUUACCCCUACCACUUACAAUUAGGCAGAUUAGAUCUUUCCUUGGGCACGUAGGUUUUUACUACAGGUUUAUACAUAUUUUUUCUAAAAUUACACAACCAUUAACACAACUAUUAGCUAAGGAUGCUGAUUUUCAGAUAGGUGACCACUGUUUAAAAGCAUUUAAUACAUUGAAAACAGCUUGAUCACAGCUUGAUCACAGCUCCUAUUCUAUGUGCACCUGACUGGUCAUUGCCAUUUGAGAUUAUGUGCGAUGCUUCCAAUUAUGCUAUUGGUGCAGUGUUAGGUCAACAAAUUGACAAAAAACAUGUAGUGAUAUAUUAUGCUAGUCAAAUCAUAUUUGAGGCACAAUUGAACUAUACGACCACAUAAAAAGAGCUACUAGCUAUUGUUUUUGCCUUUGAGAAAUUUCAAUGAUAUCUUCUAGGAGCCAAAAUCAUCAUUCAUUUAGACCAUUCAACAUUGAAAUAUUUACUCACCAAGUGAGAAACCAAACCUAGGUUGAUUCGUUAGAUCCUUCUAUUACAAGAAUUUGAUAUUAAAAUUCGAGAUAAAAAAGGGUUUGAAAAUGUAGUAGCAGGCCUUUUAUCACGAUUAAACAAUGCUAAUAACACCCGAUUGCAUGAUUUCUUCCCUGACGAAUAGCUAAUGACAAUAGCACAAACAAGCCCACCAUGGUAUGCCUAGAUUGUCAACUAUCUGGUCACAAGAUGACUUCUCAUUGACUGGUCGAAAUCUGCCAAAGAUUUCUUCUUUUCUAAAUUGAAAUAUUACUUAUGGGAUGAUCCAAGAUUAUUUUAUUUAGGACAUGAUCAGAUUUUCAGGCACUGUGCACCUGAAGAAGAAUAUAAAAGUAUAAUAAAUUUUUGUCAUACUUCAGCCUGUGGUGCUUACUUUUCAGGUCGCAGAACUGCAACCAAGGUUUUGCAAAGUGACUUUUAUUGACCCACUUUAUUCAAAGACUCAUUUGAAUAUUGCAAAACCUGUAGUAAGUGUCAAGCAUAUGUUAACAUCUCCAAGUGAGAUGCUAUGUCUUUAAAUCCGAUUUUAGUAGUAGAAUUCUUUGAUGUAUGGGACAUUGAUUUCAUGGGCUCUUUUUCCCAAUCUUUUAGAUAUGAAUAUAUUCUUUUAAUUGUCGAUUAUGUGUCUAAGUAGGUGGAAGCAAUACCUACUCGAACCAAUGACCAUAAAGUAGUUAUUGGAUUUAUUCAAAGUCAUAUUUUUUCUCAAUUUGGUUGCCCACGAGCCAUCAUUAGUGAUAGAGGGAAACAUUUUACAGCUAACCAAUUUUCCUCUCUCUUGAAGAAAUAUGGGGUGAAGCAAAAAAUGAUCAACACAUACAUCGUCGACACUUCUCUUUGAAUCAGAAAGUUUGGCUUUAUAACUCUAGGCUUCAUCUCUUUCCUAGAAAAUUAAAAUCUAGGUGGGACGGACCAUAUAAUAUAAUCAAUAUAGAAGAACAUGGAGCUAUACUCAUUGAUGAUCUUAAGUUAGGCCAAACAUUCAAAGUUAACAGCCAAAGACUCAAACCUUACUUUGAGCAUGAACUUAAACCGAAACGAGAGUUUAUUUUCCUAUAG